UAAUACAUUAUCUUUGUGGCUAGUUGUUGUGAUGUGUAGACCUCUCUAACUAUAUGUUACUGCGGGCUUAUUUGUAGGCAUCAGGCUAACUUAGCCUUAGCUUAGCCAACGCUCAGCUAACUAGUUUUCUCCUGUUGGCAUUUUAGUAACAUAACAUCGUACAGGUACAGAAGCAUUGUUUGCAGAGGCAAUUAUCUAUUUAAUCCGGUCGGUUUAUGCUAAUGUUAGGCUGUAGAUGUCUUAGAGCAGUGGUUGGGCAGCAGUGUUAGCUUACUUGUGUUUACAUUGCAGAAAUGUGCUGUUUACAUGUGUUGUUUUAAAGCCAAAUAUGUAUAAACAAAUUACAACAGGUUAAAGAAGACAAAGAUAUGGAGUCCAUGGAAGCUGCACAUGUUGGAGACACAGAGUUUCCUCGCUCUUCUCCUGCUGGACUAUCUGAGCAUGAAGAGGAGAGCAAACCUGUUGCCGCUAAAGAAGAAAUGGAAGGAACAGAGGGAAAAUAUGAAAAUGAGAUCACUUCUCCUACAUCGGUAUCACGUCUAAAUCCAUCACCUUUACAGUCGUCACGUGCAGGAGAGACAUGCAGUGCUGCUUUAGCUGACAGUUGUGAACCAGGUAUCUCCUCUGAGGCUGAGGAGGACAGAACUGAGGUAAAAACCGAGGGACAGUUUGUAGUGGAUGACAUAACAAUUAUCGUAAAACAAAAUGACUUGGAUCAGAGUUCUUCAGGACCAGAUGUGAGUAUGGACACAAAUCCUGAUCUCAAGGAUGAGGGAAACACAGAGGAAAAGAUGGAUCAAGACUCUGACACUAUGGAGGCCACUGGGAUGCAGAGCAUUUCCAUAGCUCCUGACCUUGAUGCGGUGAUGGACAUUGGUGCUGUGGAUCAGAUGGACCAAGAAGCUCAAAUGAAAGAGGAGGAAUGUAAUAGUUUGGAUACUGACAGCAGUCAGUCACUCACUGUUUCAAAUGCAGUCUCAGGGGCAGAGAGCAGCAGCUCUAAUGUGGAAGGCGUGGAUGUGAAACCCACUGUACUGCCACCACCAGCAGAUGAGGAUGUGAAAGUGGCUUUAGAUUUGAUUCAGUCCAGCAUGUCUCCAUUGUCUGAAGCCACAGCCAGUACAGGACGGGACAGCUCACCAGCAGCUAUGAUAAAUGGGAUAAAAACUGUAAAGCUUGCAAAACAGGGGACGUUGGAGGAAGCAGCCCAGUCAGUGAAGUUGUCUCCUUCACCACCUUUGGUCAAGGUGAAGGAUGAACCCAUAGAUGAGGAAUAUGAACACGCUCUGGUCUCAUCAUCUUCUAUAACAAGUGUGAAGGAUGAGCCUCUUGCUGCAAAGGAGGACUUGAAGAUCGGAUCAGUCUUCUCUGUGACUACUGAAUCACAAGCGCUGCCUGUUGUCCACCCUUCUGCUGCGCAAAUGUCCUGCUCUCACUGCAAGAAGGGCCUGAUGAAAGGACAGACAGCUUACCAGCGGAGGGGCUCUUCGUCGCUCUUCUGCUCCACCACCUGCCUCACCGCAUCUCUUCCCCUCAAAGGAGUCACAAAGAUCUGCCACAGCUGCCAAAAGGUGAUAUUACGGCCUCAGGACGUCAUCCUGGCUCCAGAUGCUCAAGGAGCCACGAAGGAUUUCUGCAGCCAGAACUGCCUUACGUCCUUUAACUACAAGAAAGAAUCGUCCAAAAGCCUCACCAACAAAAAAAUAUCACCAAAGCUGCUGUGCAGCAUGUGCACAAGAAACUGUGUUAGCAAACAUGAAGUGGUCCUCAACGGGACCGUGCACAAGCUCUGCAGUGACGCCUGCUUCCAGCGUUUCCGUAGCAUGCACAGCCUGUCCUUGAACGGCUGUGCCAGCUGUGGCACCUUCACCCACAGCAAACCGCUCCUGCUCAAGUUGGAAGAUGGCAACAAAACCGUGUGCAAUGAAGAGUGUCUGUCCAAGUUGAAAGAGAAAAUUAAGACGACUCAUCCUUGCACCAUGUGCCACACAGUGCGUCCUAUGUCCGAGACCAUCCACAAUAGGAACAACGAUGACUCUGUCAGUCUGUUCUGCAGCAGCAGCUGUGUAAUGGCUUUCAUGGUCCAGAGUGUCAGUUCAUCAGGUGCUCAGUUGAACUGUGAUACUUGUGGAAAGAAAGCUGUCCCAGCCUAUCACCUGGCCAUGUCUGACACGACCAUCAGGAACUUUUGCACACUAUCGUGUGUCAUGGUUUUUCAGGAAAAGUUCAAGUCGCAGAAACAAGUGAAUGUUUUUACCAAGUUGCCCAUAGGACCGGCCCAAAUCGAGCCCACACCCUCUACCCAGCCUCAGCAAGAAGCCCCUAUCAACCCGCCCAAACUGAGCUGCUUCCAGUGUACCUGCGACAUAGUCUUCAAACCUGAGCUCAUCCAGAUCAAGGACAAGUUAGUUUUUGUGUGUAGCAUGGACUGUUCUCUUGAGUUCAAGAAGUCCAACAGUCUGACGAACCUGUGUGAGUACUGCAAAAUCGAAAAGAUCACCAGAGACGCCAAGAGAUUCGACACAAAAGACUGCCACUUCUGCAGCGACGGCUGUAAGCUCCUUUAUAAACACGACCUAACUAAAAACUGGGGGGAAUACUGUCACUCCUGCGUCUACUGCCACUGUGUGUCAAAAAAGCUGGUGACUGCUCAGUACGGGAACUUCACGGAGCAGUUCUGCUCGGAGGAGUGCAGGUCCAAAUACACCAUGCUCUUCUGCCACGUUGCCAAGUGUGACACCUGUGGGCGCAAACGGAGGCUGAGGCAGAGUCUCCCCAUGAUGGGGGAGGUCAAACACUUCUGUGACCUGAACUGUCUGCUGCAGUUCUGUAGCGAUACGGUAGCCACGCAGGGCGAGGUCCUCACAGAUAAAGAGGAGCCCACACCCGUCAUCGCCAGCGUCGUCUCCCUAGCUGGUUCUCAGGACCUACAGACUGAGGGUUCUGACACACCAGCAGAAAAAAGCACAGUGUCUAAAAUUCAAUCAAAACGCUCAGGACAUAUUGGUGUUCAGACAGAUACUGUGAAACCUCAUUUUACUGCACCUAAGAUCCUGAAGAACAAGGCCCUGCUCUGUAGACCGCUGGUGCAGAACAAAGGAGUCUCCUGCAAAACCCAGACCACUGAUGCAGAAUCACAGACAAGUGAAACCUUUCCUAAAGUCUUGGUCCUGCCCGUCCCGGUGCCUGUGUAUGUUCCUGUACCCAUGAACAUGUACAGCCAGUGCACACCCCAGCCCGUUGGCCUGCCUCUACCUCUUCCUGUGCCCAUGUUUCUUCCUGUGACUAUGGACAGUGCUGAAAGCAUUGUAGAGACCAUCCAGGAGAUCAAGGAGAAGAUCCCGUCUGACCCUUUUGAGGCCGAGCUCAUCCUCAUGGCGGAGAUGGUGGCGGAGCAGGAGACCGAUGCCAAGCGGGAGAGACCCAAGGAGAAAGUUGUGGAGAAAGAGACUGAGAGACAAGAAACGCAAGCACCAGAAGACCAUGUCAGUAAUUACAGUGACGACUUGGAUACGGACGACUUGUCCAGUUUCCUCAACAACUGGGAUGACACUUCGUCUGAUGCAGGUCGGAAGUCGCCCGCUCGCCUUCAGGCCUGCGUCAGACCUUCAGACGCUCAGGAGAAGCUCAACCCCAUAACGGCUGCUUCUGUGGCGUUGCCCAGCGAGCGUUACUCCGAGCCCUCAUCUCCGGCUCCACGUCCCAUGGACAUAGAGGCUGACUUCACAGUUGAAACUCUGGAGAGAAUGGCCCAAGAGAGAGAAGACAGUCAACGAGCUCAGAGUCCUCCGUGUGCCCCCCCACGGCGACGACAAGCUCACAGAAAAGCCAGAGUGAAGAGGGGUCGUCCUUCUCAGCGCUCGUCUAAAGCAGCUGAAGACGCAUCAACAAAUGCCUCUUCCAACAAGGUUGCGGCUGUCGAGAUCCCAAAACUGAGGAGUCAGUAUGGCGUUGAUGCCUGGAAGCGAUGGAUCCAGUGGAGGAGAACUCAGCCCAACCUGCGGAAUCCACGCUUCGGGUCACGUCCAAUAGAGUUGAAGGAGGAUGUUCUUCUCUGCGCCACAGCUGAGCUGAGCUACGGCCUCUGUUGCUUCAUCGCUGAGGUGAAACGACCAAACGGAGAGCCGUACUCACCUGACAGCCUCUUCUACCUCUGCCUCGGCAUUCAGCAGCACCUGUUUGAGAACGGUCGGGUGGAGAACAUAUUCAUGGAUCUUUUCUACAACAAGUUCUCCAUUGAGUUCACCAACAUGCUGAAAGCCUUCACACCCUCCGUCACAGCCAGUGGUUACAUCCACUCUCGAGUUGAGGAGGAGUAUCUGUGGGAAUGUAAACAGCUGGGUGCGUACUCCCCCAUCGUCCUCCUCAACACGCUGCUCUUCUUCUGCUGCAAGUACUUCGGCUUCACCACAGUGGAGCAGCACCGCCAGCUGUCCUUCGCCCACGUCAUGCGCUGCACCAAAACCAACCCAAACAACACGAAGACGACGCUCCUGCGGUUCUACCCGCCCAUAUGCACGACUGAGGCAGAGACAGAUGCAGAGGUCCCAGCCAAGAAACGAAAGGAGGAUGAGAAUAAAGACGAAGUCCUGGAGAUGGCAGAGAACACGGAGAACCCCCUCCGCUGUCCUGUCAGACUCUACGAGUUCUACCUCUCAAAGUGCUCGGAGUCAGUCAAGCAGCGCACUAACAUUUUCUACCUUCACCCUGAGCGCUGCUGCGUCCCCAACAGCCCCCUGUGGUUCUCCUCCACCGCUCUGGAUGACAGCACCAUGGAGGCCAUGCUCACCCGCAUCCUCACCGUCCGGGAGCUGCAUCUGGGGACGAGGAAAGAAGGUGGCGGUGUAGAGAGACAGACCACUGACGAUCCACCAUUUACACCUGACGGGGAGGAAGAUGGGGAUUCAGAGUGAUGAGAGAAAGUGAACUGGUUCAGCAGCUUCUGUGUAAAUGUUUAUGAUUACAUUAGAUUUCAUUUAAAUUGCCCAAUAAACACAAAUGGACAGAAUAAAUCCAUAUACAAAUAAAACUACUGCAAAGAAAGACACUUCCUGAACAUUUGGAUCAGGAGUUUCAAUCAAGUGUAAACUAAGUUGAAAAGUUGGACUCGGUGUUUGUUAAACAAUUUGUUCAAUGAUUAUUCAAGUUGUGAAAAAGUGUAAAUGGUCCUUCUGCCUCUUUGGGGCAGAUGAAGGUCCACCCUGACAAACUGUUGACCUUCUGUUGUACUUGUUUUUGCCUGUAGACAGUCAUCAAACAUCUUUGUGAUGUAGAUAUGAAAUACAACCCAUCACUCUGAGUGGCAAACAAGCAGUAAACGGAUUCUCAGCUGUCCAUCAGGCUGUGAUUUGGCUGAAGGUUUAGUCAAAGAGCAAGAUGCCAUUUGUACACGCUUGCUAUUAAGAGUAGUUGGUUUCAAACACUUAAGACUAUUCCAAUUGGGGAAAAUGAUCUGAGUGUAUGUCAAAUUCAUAAAGCUGACGUCUCUGUUUGCCCUUCUUGAUUUCAGACUACAUCUUUUUAGGCAUGUCACUUCAUCCAAAGCAUCCUGAGAUUUCAGCAUUGUGCAUAAUCAUGACCCCUGUCCCUUCAUGUCCCUUCAUGAAGCCCCCAGUCUGUAGAAUAUGGCUGCCACAGUAUUUUUUAAUGUCUGCUCCUUUUUGAAUAAAAGCAUUUAAAAACCUUG